UUGAUCCUUACCCAGGGUACACGUUCAACGGCUAGCCGCAUCGGCCGUUCCAGCGGUGCUUGCCAUAUCAACGGCUUUUCUUGAUAUAUCCUCUCUCUCACUCUCUCUCUCUCUCCAACAACACUCCAUCCUCAGCCACCACCACCACCACCACCACUUAUCCUGUAAUUCUUCGACCACACCCAGCCCCGGCGCGUCUAUCUCGACCACACGUCCGUUGGCUUUUACUGGUCUUCUCUAUCCCUGUGACGCCUACAGAGCAUACCAGGUACCAACUACUGUGGCCUUCAUGCUGGAUGCUCAGCAUGCUGGACGCGACUCUUCGUCCUUUCACGCCGUAAAUCAUCAUCAUCAUCAGCAUCAAACCAUGGCGUCCCCAGCUACUCGCGAGGACGCAAUGCAACACGACACUGUGCAGCCUGCAGAUGAGAGUGCUACGGGCACGAGCGGUGUGUCAUCCGCCAGUCUGCCAAAUCAUCCUUCUACUUCCUCAAACCCUACCGCUACCACCUCUGUCGCCCAACCCUCGACAGACUCUCCCCAUCCUGCUGCCAUCAACAACAACCCUCCCACCGCCGAAUCCACCUCGACGCCAGACCAACCUGCACAGUCACAGCCCAUGACCACGUCCAACUCGACGUCUUCAAAUGCCUCUGCCAAGCAAUCAAAGGACUCCAACAUGGCUGCUACUUCUACUACUACUACCACUACCAACACCACCAACACCACCGCCGCCGCCGCCGCUGCGCCUUAUGGGACGCGUUCUCGAGGCACUCGCAAUGUAGCACGCCCCAACUACGCCGAGGACGCCGACCUCAUGGACUUUGAGCUGACCCAACCGGCCAAGAAUGGCACUGCGCCCUCUGAAUCAGGCGUGAAAAGCUCUGCAAAUUCGGAGACUCAGGACUCGCCGACGGUGGCAUCGCGCAAGGCAAACGCGAAUGGGACUGCAAAUGGCGCUUUCACCUCUGUCAAUGACGCGAAAAAGGACGCGCCUGUUGCUGGCACUUUGACUUUUUCGACGACUGCUACCACAACCACCACCAACUCCUCCACUCCUGCGCCUGCGCCUGCGCCGGCACCGUCAAAGAGACGAAAGGCCCAGGCAAACCAUGCUGCAUCAAACGGUUCACUUGCGACGAGCACGGCAGGCACGCAAUCAAGCUCGCGAAGAACCUCACAUCAGAUUGCAGCAGUUGCACAGCCAUCACGCCAAAGCAACAUGUACACGUUCGAAAAGUCAAAGGCCAUGUUGAAGAAUGGCAAGCUGGAGGCAGACGAUGGCACAGUAUUCAACGUAAAUGAUCACGUCUAUCUAAUUUGCGAACCGCCGGGAGAGCCAUACUAUCUCUGUCGACUGAUGGAGUUUGUGCGCGAUGAGAGCAAUGAUCCAAACUCGCCGAUUGUGUCAAUCCGAGUGAAUUGGUUCUAUCGCCCUCGAGACGUGCAGCGUUUCAAUAACGAUACGCGACUUGUCUAUGGCACGAUGCAUUCCGACAUCUGUCCGCUGACUUCGCUCCGAGGCAAGUGUCAGAUCAAGCACCGUGCCGAGAUUGGCGACGUGGACGAGUAUCGCAAGAUUCCAGAUUCCUUCUGGUUCAAUCAGGCCUUUGACCGCUUCAUCCAUCGCUGGUACGAGGUCAUCCCGACGAAGCAGGUGAUCAACGUGCCAGAGAAGGUCAAGAAGGCCCUGGACGAACGAUGGAAAUACGUCGUCGUGGAGACGAGUCGCGUCAAAGAACUGACGAGCGAAGUCAAGACGUGCAAACGGUGCACCGGGUAUUGCCCAAAUCCCGAAUCCGUGGAAUGUGCGGUCUGUCACAAUACCUACCACAUGAAUUGUGUCCGGCCGCCGUUGUUGAAGAAACCGUCGCGGGGAUUUGCGUGGGCAUGUGGACCUUGCAGCAGGGCGCAAGAGCGGAAACUAGAGGCGCGACGGACACCCAUCAUCGGCGAGGCCAGCCACGAGGCGGAGGAAGACGAGCAGAUGGAGGAGGAGGAGGAGGAUGGUGUUGGGCUGGCCAAAACAGCCGAUUCCACCACUGCUGCCCCCAGCCCGACUGGAUACGAAGCCCCAGCGGAUUUGCAUCCUGCCACCCAGGCCGAAAUCGCCCUUGCGCAGAUGUGGCCAAUGAGAUACCUGGGCAUUCAUGCUCGCGUAGAAGACGCUCUCCAGUACGACGAUCGAGCAAUCUACCCACGCGCAAGCUCUCGACUGGGCCCGCGUCAUCAGGCCAACGUCAACGUCUGGCAUGGUCACCCGGUCGAGUUUGUCAAGCCUGCCGAGAUCAAGAGACGCUACGUCAAGGCGGGCGGCCAGAAGAAAGACACGAAGUUGUCCAAAGAGACCGUCGCCGCGCUAGAGGCUGAUCGCCAAGAAAAGGCCAAGCGCCCCAAAUGGGUCCAGGACGAACCGCAGGGUUACGUGAGGCGAGGCGAGGACCUACCAAACAAAGACUCGAAGAACUCGGCGAAACUCAUGUUUAGGAUGCCUCCUCCACAGCCGGUGCAUUCAGAGCGUGGCAACGAUGAUGUGCCUGCUGCUGCUGCUGCGGCUGCUGCCACGGAGGCUGACCUCGACGCCUACAUGCACCGCGUCAAGACCCAGGUCGCGCCCAUCAUCGGCGUCGAGAAGUGGAACACAAACUUCCUCGACAAGGCCCUGGAACUGUACACGACCAACAACUACAAUGCCGAUGCCGCCAUCCGGCAGCUCAAGAAGGUCGACCGCAAGAAGGACUUGAAGGAACCAGAGCUGACCAAAGAGGAGAUUAAGAAGUUUGGAGAGGGUGUUGCCAAGUACGGUUCGGAGCUUCGGAAUGUUCGACUACACGUAAAGACCAUCACGCCCGGUGAGGCCGUCCGCUACUACUACUUGUGGAAGAAGCGAGAGGGCAAGGAGAUCUGGAAGAACUAUGGUGGUCGCAAAGGCCGCACGAAGAAGCCGGAUAGCGAAGCCACCGCGAAACUGCUCGACGACGUCGCUCACGACCAGGACGACUCUGCAUUCGACUGCGAGAAGGCCGAGAGGCGGAAACGCGGCUUUCAGUGCAAGUUUUGCAACAUCAGACACUCCCGACAGUGGCGAAGGGCGCCAAACGCAGCGCCCGGCCAGACUGUGCUUGCCGAUGGUCGAAGCAAAGAAAAGGGCCAAAGCCUCGUCGUUGCACUGUGCCAGAGAUGCGCAAACCUGUGGCGUCGCUAUGCCAUCAAAUGGGAGAACAUUGACGAAAUCGCAAAGAAGAUUGCCAUGGGCGGUCUAAAGGCUACCAAGCGGCGCAUCGAUGAAGAGCUUAUCAACGAGUUCAACUUUGCAAAGAACAAUCCUCACGCCAUGGACAUUGACCCGCCUGUCGAGCACGAGACGGUAGCGGAGCCCCCCAAGAAAAGGCUAAAGGUCGCGGCACUGGACAAGGACAGAGACGGCCACUCAUCUGCGUCUGAGUCCAAUGUAAAGAAGAAGCAGCAGCAACAACAACAACCGCGACAACAAUUCAUCCAACAACCCCCUCCUCCGCCCCCGCCGCCGCCAAAGCAACCUACACCACCCCCCGUCCCAGCGCAGCCAAAGAUGGCCACCCUACCAUGUUGCGUCUGCUACCAGUACGACCUCGAAAACGACCGACUGAUGACCUGCAACGAGUGUCGACUCACGGUCCACCGCAAGUGCUUUGGAGUCGACAGUCGUCGCACGAACAAAUGGACAUGCGACAUGUGCCGGAACGACCGCAAGACCCAUGUCUCGUACGCGUACGAAUGUGUGCUCUGCCCGGUCACACUGAACAACAUAGACCUAGUCGAACCGCCCAAGGUGUCCCACAAGAAGAAGACGGACCGCGAUCGUGAACGGGAACGGAUGGAGAAGGAACUGGCAGCAAACCUAGCGGCCAGCUAUCGCCAGCAACAGCGCGACAAGGGCCGGCCUGAACUUCCACGGGAGCCACUGAAGCGAACAUCUGAUGGAAACUGGGUGCACGUAUACUGCGCUGCCUGGGUGCCAGAGACUAGGUUCAACGACCCAAAGAGCUUGGACAUAAUCGAAGGCAUUGGAUCUGUUGCGCUGCGGUACGAGCAGACUUGCAAGGUGUGCAAGACGGACAAGGGAGCAUGUGUGUCCUGCCAUCAGCCCGGGUGCAACGCAUUGUUCCACGUCGGCUGUGCUCAUCAAGCUGGGUACAUAUUUGGAUUCGAUGUUGCACCCGUCAAGGGCUCUCGACGCGAUGUCAAUCCGGUGUUCACGCUGGGUGCGGACAAGGCCGAGACCGGAGCACUCAAUCCUGCUAUAUGGUGCAGGGAACAUGCUGCUCCCAAAACGAUCGUCCAUCCCAUCACGGAAAUCGUGAACGAUACUCCAAACCUCACUGCCCUGCAGGUCUACGUGCGCAACUACAAGGAGGCCGACUCGUCGACAACAGGCCCGGCUCGCAAAGCGGCCCUGAUGGACCAGUCAGUGCUAUCCAACUCUCUUAGCGCUGCCAACCGUCGUACGUCCGCAGUGCAGGGCGGCAAUGCCACGGCUGGACGUGGCUCUCGCAGAAUGUCUUCUGGCGAUGCACUCAAGACAGAGGACGAUGAGCAUGCGCCUACCAUGGACCGUCACUGCACAAAAUGCAAAGUCGAGGUCUCGCCAAAGUGGUGGGUCGCCAACGAAAGGACGUUGCAAAAGGAGCCUGAGCGUCCGGCUACCGCGAACGGCAUCUCACCCUACGAUAUAUCGACCAGAGAGUACUCCGCCACGGUCGGUAAACCAACAGUCUGGCUGUGCAACAAGUGUCACUGGAAGAAACGGAAUGCAGUCGAGGAGACUGAAGAGCGUCCACCGUCCAGGCCUGAAGCUAUACGCCCGGAAGUGCCUGUCACCAUGCCUCUGCGAUCACCCACGACCAUCCCCUACCCAGCUCCAACUCCCUGGAACCAACCUGGAGGUCCCAUCGCGCAGCCCGCGCCUCCACUGUCCAGCUGGGCUGGCAAUCACCCAUCUUCAGCCCCGACACUGAGCAACGGCGUCACCUCCCACUCGCCUCGCGCUCACACACACCCAGCAACAUACCACGCACCCCCACCGCUACACCAUUCACACCAAACAAACGGCUACCACCCCCCAAACAUGCACCCAGUCGGCAUCCCGCCUCCAUACGGCACCGCCCAUCCAUCCCACGCCCCUCUCGCCCCAAUGCACGCUCCCAACGGCCACCACUCCCCCCGCCACCUCCAGCUGCACUCCCCAACUCACCCGCCUCCCCACCAGGGCUUUCCCCCUCCUCCGCCUCCUCCGCCACCAUCUCGCCACACCAGCAGUCCCUACGCACCUGGUCCCUCCGGCCCGCCCCAACAUCUCCCCGCUGCCUUUGGCUCCCAUCAUCAGAGCCCCCCGCUCUCCGCAGCGCAUCCUCAUCACCAUAGGCCCACCACGCCGCGUACGCGUGAGAAUACCCUCCCGCCGCUGCCUGCUGAGCGGCCGAUGCCGAGCGGUGCGAGUGCGAGUCCUAGUCUGCGCAAUCUCCUGCACUAGGGGGGGAUUGAGGGUUGGAGCGAGGGAGAUGAUGGAUGGAUCGAGGAAGGGAUAGAGAGAGAAUAAGGGAGGAGAAUUUUGGGGGCAUAUUUGUAUUUGUACUUUUUAGACAAGAAAACGGAGAUGAUGCAGAUGAGGCCGAUGAAGAGGUCGAUGGAGAUGAGGCAGUAGAAGCUAGGAAGGAUGGGAAGGAGGGUAAGGAGGGGAAAAUGUAAAAAUGUAAAGAAAUUAAAAGACAAUUAAGAAAGGA